GGCUGAGAGACGCGGUGGCGAUGCUUGCUUGGACGGUCUAGAGCGACCAUAGUGACGGCCUGUCACGUGAUCAUCAUAAAUUCCCCGCUGAAUACGACUCUCAAGGUUACAAUAAACAAUAAUAACGAUUCAUUGCUGGCGGAGUACACUGAAGCUUGAUGCUAGAGCUGUUUUCUGUUUUCUAUUUUCUAUUAACUUAUAAUAUUAUAAUUACAAAGUUUCACAACGCGUUAGCUGUAUUACUGCUUACAUCCGCGCCAUCGGCCAAUGGUGAGGGAGGCUGUGUACUCCAAGAAAUGACUUACGCGGCCAUUUGGCUCUCUAUCACUGUGGGACAAUAAUGGGAGGAUAUCCAUAGUCCCUCCCCAAUUCCUUCAUCUAUAUCGCCACUCUUUCGAUUCCGUUUCUUUCCAAUCGUCCCUUUUAUUGUCUCCUCUAUUCCCUUAUCCCCCCAUCCGCGCCGCGUUAUCGUCGCUGCCUGCCGGUGAUGCGUGGCCUCCUCGCAACCGCGCUCUUGACGCCAGCGUUGGCAUCGGCCCUCGUUGUUCCCAAUACCUGGGACGGUGUUCAUCUUGCCUCUGCAACUCACACCGAAGUCUCCCAUGUCGUUCACCUAUCCAUCCCAAUCGUAACUACCACACCGGACGACCCAGUAUCCUCCUCUGCACUGGGUUUUAGAAUCGACCUCGCUCAGUCGGGGCCUGAGUGUGGAUCGGGAGAUCUCGUCGUCAAUGGAAUCCCAGUGUCUUAUGGCACGAUCGGUGCACUUGAAUUCGCAGAAUACCUUGGAUUAAAUAACAUACUGAUGAAAUGGGCUCUCACCUGCGGCCCGUUGACGCGCACCCUUGAAUUCGCAGUGAAGAACGUCAACGGCGAGCCUGUCAACAAUCUGGGCCUGACGGUUCUUUAUUCUCACGACGAUACAUCGCUCGAAAUCCUAGACAUCAAAAAGUUGAGCAAAAAUCCGAAGCCUAUCUACCUAGAGCUUUCCCCAUUCAAGGGUCAGAAACUCGAGGAAGACUCAGAGACUGGAGCCGCUCACCCCGUACCAAAUGGGGCUCAGACUGCGAACAGUGAAAAACCUGUCGCUAAUGAUGUGGAUGCAGUUCAGGGCUUCGCACUCUGUGACUCAGCGAAGUGCUUCUUCAUGGUCGCCGUCCACAACACCAAAGAAACUGUGAAGCACAUCACGUCCAAGGUGAAGUCUAUCUUUUGUGACAAAAAACCCGGUCAGCCCCAUCCAGGAAAGUACAACCAACUCGACCGCCAUGGAGGCAAGCAUCACGAUGAGCACAAUGAUGAUAAGCACCAUAUGAGACCUGGACACGAGGAGGGAACCCCUGAUGACCGCCAUCAUCAUGAUGAGGACAAGCCACACCACCGUUUUCACCACGGCCACCACGGUUACCACGGCCACAAAGGAAAGUGGCGCCAUGUCCGCAAGGCACUCCACCCCGGCCUUAUCGUCUUCGCCGUCCUCUUCUUCGCCGUCCUAAUGUUCCACAUCCGCCGCCGCAUCCACCGCGCCAAACGCGCAGCGUCCUGCGACGCUUCCGGCUAUGGCCGCGACGAGUCCCCAAGGAGAAGACGUCGCUGCGGUGGCUGGCGCCGCCGCCGAUGCAGAGAAAGGAAGCGCGAGUACAGCGAGAAGGACGAGAUUCUUCCCCGCACAAAGCCACAUCCCGCAUACUCUUCGCCUAGCCACAUCGCCACUGAGAUCGCGGACCUGAGGCAUGCGGCGGAGGCGGUCGAUGACAUCGUCUCGCAGUCCUCGGAGGGAUCUAGGUACGCCAGAUGCGGAAGCGCAGAUACGAUGGAGACUCUACCUGAGUAUACCGUGGAGGAGACCGGCUCGAAGAUGGGUUCUGAGACUCUGCCGGGGUACGCGGAUAGCGAGGAGUCGGUUAGUGUUGCCGACGGCUACCAGCCUGGGACGGCAGAGGUGUGGAGGGCGAGAGUCGAUGGAGUCAAUGUUAAGGCUUAAAGUGGAUUGUGAAGGAAAAGCAUAAUUCGAGUGUGGGGAUCAUUUUGGUUGUGUCUGGGCUAGGACCAUUCUUCUUUUCAUUUAUCUAGGGUUGUGUUUUAUUGGGAAAGGGGUGUGCAACACGCGUAAUAUCACUGUCAUGUAGGAUUCUGGGAAUAACAAAUACACUGAUGUCAAU